AUGCUAAAAAGAUGCUACAUACUUUCCAAAUUAAACACGUUUACGUAUAAAUCCCAACGGUAUGUAAACACUAAAGUCCCCUUCGAUAUAAAUGAAACUGAUGACCAAUAUAAAGGAAUUAACACAAUGUAUUCCGAUAUGUUCUCUCAGUCAUUAAGUAAUACCAAUACAAAAGAUGAUAAUACUGAUAUUUCUCGAGAAACAAACCCUCUAUCUGAAUGCGAUAAAUUGAAUAAGGAAUUUCAAGAUUUAUUUCAAGUUGAUAACACAUGUUUGUCCGGAAAGGAAUUGGAACACAAGGUGACGUCCCCUGGUAGAUUUAUCCUAAAGAGUUUAUCAAAUAACCCUUAUUAUAAUUUGGCACUGGAAGAUUAUGUCUUUAGAAAGACACCUGUAUCCAAAGAAAUUAGUCAUGACGUCUUCCCUAAUCAUAGAUUGUUGUUUUAUAUUAAUAAAAAAUGUGCAGUUAUUGGAAAAAAUCAGACCGUUUGGCAGGAAGUAUAUCUUUCUGAACUACAAGAGCAAAGUUAUGAAUUAUUAAGGAGAUUAUCAGGAGGUGGUGCUGUCAUACACGAUCUGGGAAAUGUUAAUUACUCGUUUAUUACAUCCAGAAAUGAAUUUCAUUCAAGUUUUUUUAAUGAAUUGAUUGUAAAAUGGCUACAUUCGUACGAUGAAACUUUACCUGUCACUUUAAACAAAAGGAGUGAUAUAUUAUUUGAUGGGAAGAAAUGUGGUGGUAGCGCAUUCAAGAUUGCUCAAGGUAAAGCAUAUCAUCAUGGUACAAUGCUUGUGAAUUCAGAUCUAGGGAAUUUUCAUGGAUUAUUGAAAGCCAAAGAUAUACCUGGAAUAAAGUGGGAUAGUCCGAGUGUCGACAGUGUAAGAUCCAACGUUUCCAACAUUUCAUUAAAAUCAACAGAUAAUUUCAUGGAUAUUUGUAUUGAUGGAUUUAGAACUGAUUUCAAAGGGGCGAACCAUCAUGAGAUACCUGUCUAUUUCUGUAAUGAAGAUAUAACUAUAAACGAUGAAAUAAACUCCUCGAUGAAUACCUUAAAAGAUGAUAAAUGGAAGUACUUUAAUGGUCCCAAGUUUGAUGUUGCUUUUCUUGAUAAGCAAGUGUUUAUAUCUUGUGAAAAGGGAAUCAUUACAAAAUGUAAUAUAGCUGGUUUGGAAGGAAAAGCAUUCAAAACUUUAUGGGAAGAUAAAAAGGUAUAUAGAAAUAUUUAUCAGAACAAAUUUUAA